AUGAGAUAAUAAACUAGUUCUUUCAUUUAAUUGCUUUGCAAAUGUCUCAAAUUUAGAAAAACUAAAACUUAAAGUUAUGAAUAGAUUAAGAAUCCGAUUGAAAUUCCACAAUAAACUGAAAGAUCUAAAGGGAGAAAAACUUUAGUUAUUGAUUUGGAUGAAACUUUGGUUCACAGUUCGUUUGAACCGAUGAAAAUAAAUGAUUUGAUUGUCGAAGUUACAAUGAAAGAUUAGAAAUAUAAAAUUUAUGUUAACAUAAGACCAGGGGCUCAAGAAUUUAUAAAAGAAACCUCGAAAUUAUUUGAACUGAUAAUAUUUACUGCUAGCAUCAGUGAAUAUGCGAAUUCUGUCAUCGAUUUUAUAGAUCCUCAUGGUUUAGUUGAUUUAAGAUUGUUUAGAGAAAACUGCACAGUAUAUAAUGGUGUACUUGUAAAGGAUCUUUCUUUAUUAAAAAGAAAUUUAGAUUCUGUCAUCCUAAUUGAUAACUCAGUCAAUUCUUUCAUGUUUUAACCUAUGAACGCUAUCCAUAUUUUAAACUAUUUUGAAGAUAAAACAGAUUAGGAAUUAAUUCUUUUGAUUCCUUUUUUGAAACUUAUAUCUCAAUUUUAAGAUGUAAGACCAGUGCAUGAAUGGUUAUUUAAGUAUGCUCACUUUGAUAAAUUUGAAUAUGUUGACAUUAUGGGAUCCAAGUAAUAAUUCUAUGACUUGCCCACAAGUUCGGACACUUAAAGAGAUAAAUUGUUAUCUCCAGCAGAGACUCCAAAAUUAGAAGAACAUAAAAUAUUGAUCAAGAGUGGUAAUUAAAUAUAAAAGGAAGAAAAAAAUAAGGAAGAUGAGAUAAAUGAUGAGUUAGAAGAUAAAAAAAAUGAUUCAAUAUCAGUAGAAAAAUUUACAGAAACUCCUAAUAGAAGUGAAAACAAUAACGAAAAAAUAUCAGUACUUAGAGAGAAUUUAAAUAUUAAUUCCCCUAAUUCAGUGGGUAAAUAAAUGUUGUUCCCAUAACACUAAUGA